AUGCAACAACUCGUAUUUAUUUACAAAACUCGUGUAUUAACAAGUUUAGUCUUAGAACCACACAAAAAGUAUACCCAAAAGGUAGCUCAAACAUUUCAUAUUUCUCAAGCUGCCUUAGAUGUGAAAUCAACAUUUGGAGAACCAGUACAAUUAGUAGUCGAAUAUGAAAACUCAAAUUUUAUUCUCGGAACUCUUAGUAAAGAGGCUAAAAUUUUUCAAAUACCUUUAGAUCUCAUUUUUAAAGUUGGAGAUCAAGUUUCAUUUAGGGUUAUUGGUAAAGGAACUCUGCAUUUGUCUGGGUAUCAUGUUCUUGAUGACUUUGAUAACAUGCUCAUGGGACAAGAAGAAGAGAGCGAUUACGAGGAAGAAAUGGAAGUUGAAGAAAAGUUAAAAAAAAGAAAGAAAAAAAAUUUAAAUGUCAAGGAAAAUAAAAAAGCAAAAUUAGAUAAAACAAAUGAAUAUGAAAGCGAUGACAGCAAUGAGAAUUUAUUAGUUAAGCCGAAAAAAAAAAAAGAAAAAAACAAUUCUUUGAGUAACAUAAAGGACAGUGAAAAUGAUGGCAAUGAUGGGAGUGAUAAUGAAGAUGAUGCAUAUAAACUUGAUGAUCAAAUUAGUGAUGAAAAUGACAAUGAAGAUGAAGAUUUUGAUAAUGGUAAAGAAAAAUUGUCUUUGACAUCAGAAUCGCCCAAAACUCCUAAUGGAACUGCACAUAAGUUAAAGAAAAACAAUAAAGUACCUUCAAAACUCAAUAAGAGUUUAGAAUCAAAAUUAGAUAAUUCUCAAGAUAUGAAUAGUUCAAACAGUGAAAAAAAAGGAAAAAAGCAAAAUAAAAUUUUAAAUGAAAAAAAAUCAUCAGAUAAAAAAAAAUUAAAUGAUUCAAAAGAUGAUGAAAAAACUCCCAAGGGUAAAAAUGAGAAAAAAGUUUUAGAAGGUGGAGUCAUUAGUGAAGAAAUUAAAGUUGGACAUGGACCUCUAGCAAAACCAGGAAAAAUGGUUAACGUUUACUACGUUGGAUCAUUGCAAUCAACAAAAAAACAAUUUGAUUCAGUUCAAAGUGGCCCAGGUUUUAAAUUUAGAUUAGGUAAAAAUGAAGUUAUUAAAGGUUGGGAUAUCGGAUUAAAUGGAAUGAAAGUAGGUGGUGUUCGAAAGUUAACAAUUCCCUCUCAUUUAGCAUAUGGUGUUAAAGGAUCCCCACCAGUCAUUCCUCCUAAUUCUACUCUAGUUUUUACUGUUGAAUUAAAAGGACUAAGUUAA